AUGACGACUGUUGUGGAGAAGACGGCUAACGGUAUCAUCUAUCGAGCAUCCGAAGACUAUCCCAUUCCGGAUAUUGAUAUUCUCACGCUCCUGUUCGAUUCGGAACACGGACUAGCAAAAGAAGAUACACCCAUUCAUGUCUCAGCUGAUGAUCCAAGUUUGAUAUUAACCAAAUCGCGCGCCCGCCACCUAACACAAGCAACAGCUGCGGCUUUCCGCAAGCAUUUUGGCAUUGGCGCAAAUGGUCCAGGAAAAGACGUGUGUGCUGUCAUUUCAACAGGUCACUAUCUGGUGCCCGUGCUCACAUACAGUGUCAUUGGCGUUGGCGGUGUCUUUUCUGCUACAUCUCCAGCCAGUACAGCCGGCGAGCUGAGCAAGCAACUCCAAGGCGCCAGGGCCAAGAUUCUCGUGACGUCUGAGACCACGAGGGCGACAGCUGUCCAAGCUGCGGAGAUUGCGGGAUGGGGGUGGAAAUGGAGGUGGGAGAACGAUGGCCGGUUAGGUCCAAAUCUCAUUGAUGAGAAUGACGAGUUGCCAUGGCCCAAGACAACGGAUCCACACGAGCUCGAGAACAGUCUUAUUGCUAUGCUUUAUAGCUCUGGUACUACGGGCCUGCCAAAAGGCGUCAAAAUUUCUCAUCGCAACAUGGUUGCACAGACCCUAAUUCAAGGUAACCUUUAUAAGCCAUGGGCAGCAAAGCAUCCAGAGUUCCAAAACAGGAGACUUGCUCACAAGCCUUUUGCGCACAUUGCUGGCCUCCAUGGCUACCUGCUCAACCCCUUCUUGCUAGGUGGCACCGUGUACUGGAUGCGCAAGUUCGAAUUCGCCCGGUUUCUCGAAUACAUGAAGAAGUACCGCAUCACGUACAUCUCCACUGUGCCGCCCAUCUGGCUGCUGGUUGCAAAGUCUCCCGAGGUUACAGAUCAGCUCAAGACGGUGCAGCUUGCACUCAGUGGCACAGCUCCUAUGGGCAAAGACCUGCAGUAUGCUGCUAGCCAGAAGCUCGGCGGAACAGACAGCUUCAUUUGUCAAACGUGGGGGCUGUCCGAAACCACGGGUAGUGCUACAGUCACGCCUUUUGGAAUCAAGGACGACACUGGCUCUGUCGGACCUAUCAUGCCCAACAUGGUGGCUCGCAUCGUCGACGAUAACGACCGAGACGUUGAGCCAGGGAAGCCAGGAGAGAUACUUAUCAAGGGACCGGUAGUAUGCAAAGGCUACUACCAGAACGAGGCUGCUACUAAGGAAGCCUUUUUGGGAGACUGGUUCCGCACGGGCGACAUUGCAGAGUUCCGCAACGGCGUGUUUUACAUUGUCGACCGCAAGAAAGAAUUAAUCAAGUACAAAGGCCUGCAGGUUGCGCCCGCCGAACUCGAGGCUUUGUUAAUCAGCCAUCCGGAUAUCCUGGAUGCGGCUGUCAUUGGAGUCGAGACGGAUGACGGGCAUAACGAGGUUCCCCGGGCGUACGUGGUUGCUGACGAGAAGAAGAUUAGUGGCCGUGCCAUUGCGGAGUUUGUGAAGCAGAAUGCGGCGGGCUACAAGCAGUUGAGAGGGGGCGUUGUUUUCCUCGACGCCAUACCAAAGAGUCCGAGCGGGAAGAUUUUGAGAAAGGACUUGAGGUUGUUGGCGAAACGCGAGAAGGACGCCAAGUUGUAG